AUGCCUUUUCAAGUGAUGGAUCAGAGGGGUGAUAAUUUUUUUGAUGAUAUUUCAUUUCAUUCUGAGAGGAACGUUGGAUUGAGGAAGCCAAAAUACAUGAAUCUCCAACACCCCCAAGGAAUGAGUGGAAUGGUAGCACCACCCGGCAACACUUUGAAUGCUUCAUCGCCCUUUGAAGUAAACGCAAAAUCUGGAUUUCCAAUGUCACAGACUAAUAAUCUAUCCGAGGGAAGUGUAGAACAAGGCAUUGCUGAUGUAUUGAAAGGUUCCAAGGAAUCAUUUCAUUACAAUCCUCAAUCAUGGGGUGAUGUUCUUAGGCAGUCAGCACCGACCUCACAUCGUUUAAUUGGGAACAAGCUUGUCGCGAAUAAUGCUGUCCAUCGAGAAAGUAGUUUGUUCUCAAGCUCACUGUCGGAUAUGUUUACCAAAAACUUGAAUUUAUUGGGGAACGAUCUUCUGUCUGACCAGCCAAAUGCUUCCGGUUCCCUUCUGGAGGAAGAGCCGUAUAAAUCUCUUGAAGAGAUGGAGGCUCAUUAUAUACAUAAUCUCCUUCCUGAUGAAGAUGAUCUAUUUUCUGGCGUUGUUGAUGAGUUAGAAUACAAUUCUCACACUAGGACAAAUGAUGAUUCCGAAGAUUUUGAUCUGUUUAGCAGCGGCGGAGGCUUGGAGCUGGAAGGAGAUGAACACUUAAAUUCGCUUAAAAGAGCAGCUGGUUUGGAUGGAGAUAACAGUUUCUUUGGAGGUUCUAAAGGAAAACUUCCUUUUGUUGAACAGCCUUCAAGAACACUUUUUGUUCGAAACAUCAAUAGCAACGUUGAAGAUUUUGAGCUGAAGACUCUAUUUGAGCAAUACGGAGAUAUCAGAACUAUUUAUGCGGCUUGCAAGCAUCGUGGAUUUGUCAUGAUUUCUUAUUUUGAUCUAAGGUCUGCACAGAAAGCAAUGCAAGCCCUUCAAAAUAGGCCAUUGAGGUCUAGGAAGCUGGACAUACAUUAUUCGAUUCCAAAGGUUAAUGCUCCGGAGAAGGAUAUUGGCCAUGGUACACUCAUGUUAUCUGGUCUUGAUUCAUCUGUUUUAAAUGAUGAGCUCAAACAUAUCUUUGGAUUUUACGGAGAAAUCAAAGAAAUCUAUGAAUAUCAAGAAAUGAAGCAUCUCAAGUUUAUUGAGUUUUAUGACGUGCGAGCGGCUGAAGCUGCACUUCGGGCAUUGAACCGGAUUGAAUUUGCUGGGAAGCAGAUCAAGCUUGAACCUGGCCAUCCUAGGUUUGCAACACGUCUGAUGCAGCAAUCUCACAAGGUGCAAGAUGAACGAGAUCUUGGUCAGAGCCUUAUUGACAACUUACAGCUGCGACAAAAGCCAACACUGUCGUCUGGAGUAAUUGAUUCUGCUGGCAUGGAAAAUGGAUACAACCAGAGAUUUCAAUCUGCAAUUCGGCAACAGCCUUUGAAUGGAUUUACUGAUAGUGCCUUCUUUCAUGCCAAUUCCAAUGUUCAAAACGCUUUCAGAGGGGCAUCUGUUGGAAAAGUUUCUGGUGUUUCCGAGUCCACUAACCUUGUCGAUGCAAUGAAAUUUGCGUCCAGUCCAACAGCGUUUCAUCCUCAUUCUCUACCAGAGUAUCAUGCUAGCUUGUCUAAUGCUAGUCCUUAUAACUUUUCAAGCACCAUUGGCAGCAAGGCUGGUAAUAUAGGCAUUGGAGUGACAGAAGCUAAUGGAAGGCAUAUCCAAGGAUUAAGCUCAGUUGGGAACUUAUCAGAAUUCAAUGGAGGAGGGUCAUCAGGAAACGGCAUCCGCGCGCAUCAUGGGUUAAAUCAUAUGUGGAGCAGCUCCAAUUCGCAUCUGCAAUCUUCACCAAGUAACAUGCCUUGGCAGAAAACCCCGCCAUUUGCUAACGGUUCUCCAGGCUUGCCUCAGAUGUCAAGCUUUGCUAGAACACCGCCUCAUAUGCUGAGGACACAACAUUUGGACCAUCAUGUUGGAUCGGCACCGGUUGUUACAGCCUCUCCUUGGGACAGGAAAAACUCUUACAUGGGAGAAUCUCCUGAGGCUUCUGGUUUUCACUUGGGUUCUCCUGGAAAUGGAGGUUUUCAUGGUUCUUGGCAAAUGCGUUCGAUGGACUUUUCUCCUCAUAAUAACAUGUUUUCACAUGUUGGCGGGAAUGGUACUGAACUAUCGUCCAGUGCUGGGCAGAGCUCGCCUAAUCCGUUGUCACAUAUUCUCUACGGGAGACAACUUCCUUCAACUACAGUGUCGAAGUUUGAUCCUACCAAUGAUCGAAUGAGAAAUGUUUAUAGUCGUAAAAGUGAAGCAAACACCGUAAGCCUGGCUGAAAGGAAACAAUAUGAACUUGAUCUCGGCCGCAUACUGCGUGGAGAAGACACCCGAACAACGCUUAUGAUAAAAAAUAUUCCCAACAAGUAUACUUCAAAGAUGCUACUUGUUGCCAUAGAUGAGCAAUGUCGUGGAACUUACGACUUUCUGUAUUUACCAAUUGACUUCAAGAACAAAUGUAAUGUUGGAUAUGCAUUCAUAAAUAUGACCGAUCCUGCUCAAAUCAUUCCUUUCCACCAGGCUUUCCACGGUAAAAAGUGGGAGAAGUUCAACAGCGAAAAAGUAGCAUCACUUGCAUAUGCUCGAAUUCAAGGAAGAGCUUCUCUUGUUGCUCAUUUCCAGAAUUCAAGCCUGAUGAAUGAAGAUAAACGUUGCCGUCCUAUUCUCUUCCAAACAGAAGGCCCAAAUGCUGGCGAUAUGGAGCCUUUCCCCAUUGGAGCCAACGUUAGAGUUCGACCUGGAAAAAUUCGCAAUGCUGGCAACGAAGAGAAUCGCGUCCAAGCUCCUCCUUCAACUCUAGCAACCGGAGAAGAGUCUUCAAACGGAAGCUCCGACUGA